UCUUUCUUUUUCCUUCACAUUUCAAUUCCAAUUUCUUUCUCUUUUUUUCCCCAAUUCAUCACCUAAUUCAUUCAAUUCACCAUCUUCAAUCUGUUCCUCUUUCCUAAAUUAUCGAUUUUGUUUUAGCUUUUUCUUCAAAUUGGAACAUUUUUCUUCCCUAAGAAGAGUUUUUUGUUUUUUUAGUGUUUGUUUAUUGGGUUUUGGUGGUUUGGUUAUUAUGUAUGUAUGAUUUGGAAGAAAAUAUUCUAUUUACAAUGUUAGAAAGCGGUGAUUACAAGAAAAAGAAUGAUUUUAUGGUUGUUGUUAAUGAUGAUGAUGAUGAUGUUGUUGAUGUUGAUGAUGAUGAUAAAUCAGAGGGUUUUAAGAAUCUGAAACCAAUUCCAAAGGGUAAGCCUCCAAGGCAUGUGUCUGGUAUGAGACACAGCCUUAGCUCUACCAGAUUGACCAUGGCUGCAGCAGAUUUGGGUGUAGAUGCCGAGGUAACUGGAAGUAAGUCAUCUUCUGAAGACAAGACAGAUUAUCUACCCAUAUAUCGGUCAGGAAGUUGUGCUGAAAGAGGACCUAAACAAUAUAUGGAAGAUGAACACAUAUGUAUAGAUGAUCUUACCCAACACAUAGGUUCUGCUUCAAAUCUUCCUUUUCCUGGAGCUUUCUACGGGGUGUUUGAUGGUCAUGGAGGAACAGACGCUGCUUUGUUUGUAAGAAAUAACAUCCUUAGACUCAUUGUUGAGGACUCACAGUUUCCAACUUGUGCGGGGAAAGCAAUUACAAGUGCGUUUAUGAAAGCUGAUUAUGCGUUUGCUGAUUCCAGUUCACUUGAUAUCUCCUCUGGCACCACUGCUUUAACUGCUCUUGUAUUUGGGAGGAACAUGAUAAUUGCAAAUGCGGGGGAUUGUCGAGCUGUAUUGGGGAGACGAGGUAGAGCAAUCGAGAUGUCAAUAGACCAGAAACCAAAUUGCAUUUCAGAAAGGCUAAGGAUUGAAAAACUUGGUGGAGUGGUAUAUGAUGGAUACUUGAACGGCCAAUUAUCUGUUUCCCGUGCCCUAGGAGACUGGCACAUGAAGGGACCUAAGGGUUCCGCAUGCCCUUUGAGUUCCGAGCCAGAGUUGCAAGAAGUCUGUCUGACUGAGGAUGACGAGUUCUUGAUUAUGGGCUGUGAUGGCUUGUGGGAUGUAAUGAGUAACCAAUGUGCCGUGACCAUGGCAAGAAAAGAGUUGAUGAUACAUAAUGAUCCUCAAAGGUGUUCAAGAGAGUUGGUCAGAGAGGCUCUUAAGCGUAAUUCGUGUGAUAAUUUAACAGUUAUCGUCGUAUGUUUCUCCUCAGAUCCUCCUCCUAGAAUAGAGAUACCUCCUUCUCGAGUCAGGAGGAGUAUAUCAGCAGAAAGUCUCACUUUACUUAAGGGUGUAUUAGAGUGUUAGUUAGCUCAUUAUGAUUGUAUGUUUAGAAAGUAUGGAUGGAUAUUUGUAUGUAUAAAAUUGUUGAUGUGAAGGUUGCUGCCUGCUUGGUGGUAUCCUUAACCUUUCUAAUAUCAUAUAUUUUCUGAUCGAAA